CUCCUUUCUUUUCUUUCUUCAUCAUGACCACCAGUGAGAUGAACAAACGUGUACUUGUGUCUUCACCCGGAAAAGUUAUUUUGUUUGGCGAACAUUCAGUUGUUUAUCAAAAAACUGCUGUGGCUGCUUCUUUAGGCCUUCGUUCCUAUCUUUAUUUUGAAGAAACUAAGACCAGUACAGUCCAGUUGAUUCUUCCCGAUGUAGGCAUUCAUUGCUCUUGGGAUUUGAAAGAAUUGCCUUUGAGAUUUAAUUAUCCUGAUUCAGGUACCAAAAUUUAUUUAUUUAUUCUGAUAUUCAAAUGGUCUCUGCCUAGAUACCCGUCAUCCUAAGGACAUGCCUAGUCAACUCAAGUCUAGAUUAGAUGAUCUUGUUGGACAAGCAACAAAAGAAGCACAACACCAAGCGCUCAUGGCAUUUUUGUAUUUGUUGGUCAUUCUUGAGUCUAAAGCUAAAGAGCCACUAGUGAAUGGCUUUACAGUAUGUAUUCGUUCAUUUUUACCUGUAGGCGCUGGCUUGGGAAGCUCUGCUAGUUAUUCAGUGGCUAUUGCUACUGCCUUGCUGAUCUUAAAUAACAUGAUUCCUGUUGAUUUCAACCAGUGUCAUGAACGGGAAACCCAUUUGAAUCUAAUCAACGCAUUUGCAUUUAAAGCAGAAGAAGUUAUCCAUGGUAAUCCUAGUGGUGUUGACAAUGCUGUGGCCACAUUUGGUGGUGCCAAGGCCUUUAUGCGUGGAAAAGGCUUUACUACAUUGGAGGGCUUUCAAUCACUACGUUUGUUAUUGACCAACACUAAAGUACCUCGAUCCACAAGUGCACUUGUUGCUGGUGUGGCUCAUAAGAAGCAAGCUUAUCCAGAAAUUGUGAAUCCCAUGCUAGAUGCUAUGGAUGGCAUUGCUGUGCGUUGUAAAGAUGCUUUUAAAAAACUUCAAGAAAAUCAGUUGACUUCAGAGAGUUUAAUGGACGAACUAGAGGAUCUGGUUGAACUGAACCAUUGUUUGCUAUCAGGUCUUGGUGUGAGUCAUCCCAGCCUAGAGAAAGUACGAGCCAUUACAAAAGAACUUGGAUUCAAGACAAAAUUGACAGGUGCUGGAGGUGGUGGUUGUGCAGUAACAUUUAUCCGAGAUGAUAUCCCUCAAACCUUGAUUGAUCAAGUCAUGACGAAUUUAAAGCAUGAAGGCUUUGAUUGUUAUCAGACUUCUGUGGGUGGCACAGGUGCAAAUGCAGUGCUUUUAAGAAAUGAUGAAAAUGCUCAAUGGCUUCUUGAAACAAGCCGCGAUACCUUGGAAUCUUAUCUUUAAUCUUAAUGAAACAUGCAAAUGUAAAAGUAAUUAAUAAAUAGUAUUUUUAUUUAAAGCGAUAAGAAUACUUGACUUAUGUCCAAACA